AGCUGCAGAGAUGACCCAAUGAAUGGCGAUGGAAGAACACGUCACGUACGUCUCAAGCGCACUUGUGGAUAAAGCUGGCAGCAGUGCUGCUGGAGUGGUGACUAAAUCGGGAGCUUGUCGAUCUCAGUCGCAGUCAGAGUAACACCCGUGAGUAUAUCUGUUCUGGCUGCCAUCGUCAGUCUGCUUUUUCUCUCUUAGCUCAAAGUACAGCACUACUUCUCUCUCCAUUGCGUCGACAUGGGCACUGAAGCCGUCGACGCGUCGCAAGUCAAAAUGGGCAUGGCUAAGUCAGGAGGAUGCUGCACCAAGAAUGUCCUCCUAUGUAGUCUCGGCUUCAUUUUCGUGAUUCUCAACUUGGCAGCUCUAUGGGCUCUGCACUUUGCCGAUCGUCCGGUGACCAAGGGAAGUUUGCGAGCGUCGACUCGCUUCAGCACCUACCAGCUCUCUGCAACGGAAGGAUCAACUCCCUCUGUCGGUGACGGAGUCAGUUUCAACACCAACAACGUGCUACGCGCUGGUGCUGGCACUACCGCUUAUCUCAACAAGUUGACGCUUGGAACCGACCUCAGUGACAUUCUCUACGUCAACCUUGCUCCAAUGGGGACGUCCGAUGCCUACUACUCCACGAACAUUAUGAGCUACGUCCGCACCAAAACCACCGGCUCGACCAGCACUACCGACUCGGUUAUCACGACCUUGUCAUACAGUCUCAGUAAUAAAUCUCUAGAAACAGGAGAAGCUGUUGUAUUGACGAGCAGAGUCCGUGGCCUUGCUACGCUUUCGGACACUUUGAUGGCUGCGCUCACUGUAGGAACAGACUACGUGGUCUCUGCGUUCCCAGCUACGCUUGAUGGUGCCGCUGGUUCCAUCACUGUCAACCAGGCCAAAGCCAAGGAGAUCACCAAAGGUUCACCCACAAACUUCAUCGCUCCUCUCUCGAGUUCCUCGUUCAUCGUGGCGUAUUACGAGAAGUACGAUGUUACUGGAUACUGGCAAAGCGCUCGAGUGGGGACUGUGGGGUCUGACGGUACAGUCACCUUGUCGACAGCGGCUAAAACCUUCGGUGUCAAGAACGAUGCCGACUUCAUCACUAACUUUGGUUCUCCAUUGGCACUAAAGGGGCUUGGAGCGGGCUCUGGAUUCGUCAUUCCGUACUACACACAGCUUAAUCCGUGGACUGGUACGACUAAGACCAAUUCCGAUCUUAGCGGACUUUGUGUUAGCUCUGGCACGUUCUCAAGCAACGCACAGUCGGCAUUCACCAGUGUCUGCAACACCGCAUACCGCCCCAGUCAGUUCCCCGAGUCCGUUGCUCUUAGUGACAACGCCAUGGCUAUCGUCUUCCACGACGAGGCUAACAAGAACGCUCUAACGGUGGCCACCCUAAGCGUGUCCUCCGAUAAAUCCCUGCACUUCCGCAGCAGCUACAUCUUCCCGGAGGUUAGCGGAGAUUUUGACCUAUACGACUUGUCCACUACGCCACGUCCGCGGGUCUUGACCGGCAACCGUCUAGCAGUGAGCUUCCUGAAUCCAACUCUAAACGGCAGACUUAGUGUUCGCGUCCUCAGCUAUUCGCCUUCGACGCUAUCGCUAAAGGAGCUCACACCGGUUCUUCCGGUUGCACCGUCAACCUUCUCGCUGUACGUCUCAGAUUCCACCGACUACAGUUUAAACAAAGCCAUUGUGCACGAUAUGCUGCCAGUGGGAGCUGACGGGUUCGUCACCGCUUAUGUGGGCAAGCGCAACAAUGUUUUGCACCAGAAUUUCGCUGUGACCGAGGCUUUCGGGAACCCCGUCGGUAUUGUUCAGUCGACCUCCAGUGACAAGUCCAGCAUUACAAUGCAGGGUAAGGCUGAUGUUGACAAUCUUACGGCUGGUGUGAUCCAUUACGCAACGACUUCGGGUGCUGUGGUGGCUCCGGACAGCAAGUCGACAGCCUCUAACUCGUCUGAGUACUUUUACACUGAAGAGGACACGAUACUCGUCACGACGGACUCCCGUGUGGGUAUCGCUAUCGACGAAGACACUCUAUUUGUCUCCGCCUCCUUCUAAAAGCAAGGUUUAAAAGAUCCACUGCCGUUUGUAGCCCAAGCCAUCGGAAGCUAAGCUAUUUGAGCCAUACACUUUAAACAGCACACUAAACGCAUACUCUAAUAAAUACCCUAAUUUGCUUC